UGCCAGAUGCCAAACUGUCGCCGGACGUUCUCCCGGCCCUUCAACCUUAAAUCCCAUGGUCUCUCACACGAGACCCGUCGUCCACAUGGCUGUCCACAAUGUCCAAAGACGUUCGCGAGAAUCCAUGAUCGAGAUCGACAUGUGAAGGGUCAUUUGCCGGAGAAGGCGCAUUGUUGUAUUGUGUGCCUAGGCCGGUUUGCGAGACAGGAUGCAGUGACUAGGCAU